AUGGCGGAAAUGGCAGAUGAGUCAGACAGGGACUCUCGGGCCAAGGCGGCGAUGAAGAAUCGCUGGACGUCGCUAUUGCAUAACCCUAAGCUAAUGGUCAUUGCUCUCUUUGCAUCAGUUGGCGGAUUUGAGUAUGGAUACCAACAAGGAGUCUUGGGCCAGUCCCUUGUUAUGACUCGCUUUACAGACAAUUUCCCUACCGUCGUAGAAUCUUCUAGCGCGACCGGCUGGCUCACGUCAAUCUUGCAACUGGGCGGUAUUUUUGGAUCUCUGUCAGCAGGAAUUCUGGGUGAGAUUUUCUCCCGGAAGUAUACGAUGUUCUCGGCCUGUUGUUGGGUUGUCCUCGGAAGCUAUCUCUAUUGUGGAGCUAGCUACCAUAAGCCCGGUUUGCUAUACGCUGGCAGACUUUUCACUGGUCUUGGGGUUGGUACCUUCAGUGGUGUGGGCCCCCUUUAUAACGCCGAAUUAUCAACGCCCGAGCUUCGCGGGUUCUUGGUCUCAUUCUACCAAUUUGCUACAAUUUUCGGCAUCAUGUUAUCAUUCUGGAUAGGAUAUGGAAGUAACAACAUCGGCGGCAUUGGAGAAACACAAACUGACAUGGCCUGGCGACUCCCCUCUAUUAUCCAAGGCAUUCCAGCCGUGCUCCUUGCAUGUGGAAUCUGGUGGCUGCCAUUCUCUCCCCGCUGGCUUGUGAAAAGAGGUAGAGUUCAAGAGGCACUUGCUACCCUGUCCUACCUGCGCAACUUACCCGAGGACCAUGAGCUGAUCCAGGCUGAACUUAAGGAGAUCGAGGCAGAGAGACUCUUCGAGAAGCGGUCCUUUGCAAAAUCGUUCCCAAACCUUGCUGCCAAGGAGCAAGGAAGUGUCCUGGUUCGCGAAUUCGCUCAGUACUAUCAAAUAUUCCGGACCUGGGAUAACUUUAAGCGGGUUGCAAUUGCAUGGCUUAUCAUGUUCUUCCAGCAAUGGAGUGGUAUCGAUGCUAUCAUCUACUACGCCAGCACCGUGUUCCAGAGUUUGGGCCUGACUGGGGGGACUCAGGCACUACUGGCUACUGGUGUUACUGGAGUGGUGUUCUUCGUAUGUACUCUCCCAGCCAUGCCUCUCAUUGACAGGGUUGGUCGAAAGCCCAUGCUUUAUACUGGCUCGGCCGUCAUGUGGAUUUCCAUGGUCCUGGUUGGCAUCAUUGUCGCUAAGUUUGGAAACGACUUCGAAAAUCAUUCAAACGCUGGUUGGGCUGCAGUGGCUUUCAUUUGGAUCUAUGUCGGCGCAUUUGGUGCUACAUGGGGCCCAGUAUCAUGGACACUUGUAGCGGAGAUUUUCCCCCUGUCUAUCCGCUCCAAGGGCGCAUCUUUUGGCGCUUCAAGCAAUUGGCUCAACAACUUCGCUGUGGCCUUCUUCGUUCCACCCAUGUUCCAGACUUGGAGGUGGGGCACCUAUAUCUUCUUUGCCGUCUUCCUUGCUGCUAGUAUUGUCUGGAUUUAUUUCUUCCUUCCAGAAACCAAGGGUGCGACACUGGAGGAGAUGGAUCGAGUUUUCAAGAGUCGCGUAGGAGAGACGGACAUGAUUUUGCUGGAUGAGGCACGCCGAGACAUCGCGAUAGAGCACGACGCUGCACUGGAAGUCGAGAAAGAGAUGGUUACUCACGGAAAGAGUGUGAUUCGUUGA